AUGCCUGAACUCGUUCGUAACAGAGCUCAACGCGAUGCUCGCGGAGAAGUCAGUCAAGCAAAAUUGAUUAUUGAAAUGCCACAACAACAAAAAGUAACAUCUCCACGCCCUUGUCGCGUUACCCUCGGUGUCGACGUGAGCAGCUCGAUGACCCAUCUUAUUAAUGCCGUCAUUGGUGGUAUCGAGGGUGUCAACUCGGUGCUCAACGACGGGGACUUGGUCUCAGUUAGGUCUUUUGCGGCAUCUGUGCAGACUCUUUUUUCCUAUAUAAACCGGGAGAAGGUCGACUGGACUAGGUUGCGAGACAACCUACAAGGCCUUGUAACUGGUCGUAUCGAAAGGCGAGACGGCACCGCAUUAUGGGAUGCGAUCGUCCAAAUCGUCCAGCAGACUCCGCGGAAUAAAGAGUUCCAAUCUUACAAGCCCGAGAUUGUUAUCUUCACCGACGGCCGGGAAAACUGUUCGCAAAACAACACCUUCGCAGACGUCCAGACAUGCUUGGAGAAACCAGGUAUCCCUCAUGUCCAUAUAACCAUUAUCGACGCUUCCCAUGGUGGUAACCCUCAAUUACGAGAUGUCUGUGCCCGAAUACAACACUGCUCUUAUGUUCAAGUCGAGGCAUCCCAAGAGGCGAUCCAACGAGCUUUUCAAAGCACUGUGACGAACAUUAACACUCGCCUAGAGUUAUAUUUGGGAGUGAGCGGUACCAGCAUAAUUGAAGACGCGUUGCGUCAAGUGCGAAUUAGUCCCAGCGCACUUCCCUCCAUCGUCGUCGAGGAAACUCGUGGGGAGAGCAGCAGGGGAAGAGUGGAAAAUCUUCAACAAGGCAGAAGCAAUAGUGCUAAUAGAAACCGUAGCAAAAGUCGUGCUAGAAACUAUGGAGGGGGGAGAGGGAACCGUGCAGGGAAUAGCCAGAGGGGCGACGGGAACGACCAGAAGAAUGGAGGCAAUGGUUACACGAGCGGAGGGAAUAAAGGGAAUGGUGAAGGCAAUGGGGGUAGUAGCCGGCGAGACAAUCGCAAGAGUGGCGGGGGUACUGGAGGAGGUUCAGGAGGGAAUAAUACCAGCAAGGGGAAGAAAACAGACAAAUCGCGGAAUUAG